CAUUCGCAGUCGCAUCUAGCUUCAGCUUUUGUUGUCCAUGUCAAUCUUACUCAGGGACAGCAGAGAGGCACUGCCCGAAGUCAGUGCCACUUCGUGUGUGGACUGUGGUGGGUGUGUGUCCCAGAUGUCUACUACUAUUAUAUUUCUGUUGCUACAACUGCUGGCGAGCAUGUCCAUGGGCUCUCUGAAUUGUCCCACUGACGCGCCGAUUCCACUGCAGUUUCAUUUGGUUCGGGAGUGUCAACGGGCUUUGGCGGACGAUGCACUGGCUCUGGAGAGCACAUCAUCCUUGGAGGACUGCGCCAACUUGGCCCGUGAAUUGCAUGGACUGGCCUUGAACUACGCUCCAGGUGGUUCAACGCGAAACAGGAAUAAGUUUAUUCAGCCGAUCUCUGGCAACAGCUCCAGUGCCCGCCAAAAGGACUUGCGCAGCCGAUUGACGGUAUUUGAGCAGCCCGCAGAGUUCUUCAACUGUCAUGUACUGCAGUGCCCGCAGAAUAGCACCUUUGGGGGCAUGGUCAAUGACAGCCGCUUCGACUACUACAGCUUGUAUGGCAGACCAACAACACUGCAGAAUUAUAGCUGUGUGCCAGAGGUUGGUCUUUUUCUGGUGUACACCCAUCCCAGCAGCUAUCUGAAUGCAUCCUUGGCGUGCAGCAACUCCAGCGAGUUCGACGGCAGCUUGGCGCACAUCGCCUCCGAGUCUCGGACGAGAACCUUAUCACAAUGGCUGCUAGAUUUUAACAGAAGUACGCGCCCAGUGCUGGAAGCAGAGCCUAUGCCAGAUAUUUUCCUGGCCUAUGUGGGACUAGCAUAUAAUUGUACAACCUCCCUAAGCCUUCACGAUUUCAGGAAUGCUCAGCACGAGAGCUUGAUGUGUUUUCUUUACAGGGCAUGGGAUGUUGGUCAUCCAGGCCUUGGGCUGCAGCGGGCCAACGCGAGUUGCGUUGCACUGACGCCGCAGGCCACCUGGCAUGCGAUCAGCUGCGAACGCGAACUACCUUUUAUUUGCGAAAUAUUUACUGCGAGUCCAAGGAGCUGGAAGCGUGAGGCGGAACUGGAUAUCGGGCCGAAUGCUGUGGCAGAGUGUCGUAAUGAUUGAGUCUGUGGUGCAGCACUGUUAUUCGCAGCCGUUUUAUUCACUUAAGCCGUUUUGAAAACACAAAAGCCAAAUGUACUAGUAUUAUGUAGUGUCAGCCCACCUCCCGCACUCUAUCGAACGUGAGUCGCAAUGUUUGAAGGUUUUAAAACAAAUAAAGUGCACACCAUCGCAGCUGGAACUGAAGUCCUCCGGGUUUAGUGGUACUUGUAGUUCCUGUGGUGCUUCAAUUUGGUGUAGUUGAUCAUAUAGAAGAACGUCAUGCUGGCCACGGUCAGCUGGAAGAAGGGUGCAAUGCCAGCACGCUUCGGGAAAACGUACUUAUGCUGCCAGCGCCACCAGGCACGGCUGACGGCACCAACAAUGGCAUUGGGGGUCUUGUUACGGCGACCAAACCAGGAGCCCAACUCGCCCAAUUUCACCUGUCCGAAUGGGACAUCAGCUG